AUGGGCAAAUUCCUCUAUUCCCUGGCCAUCGCCGUAUCCGGGCUCCAAGCUGUAUCAGCGGCCUGUACCAACCCCAGCCAACGCAAAAAACGGACUUACAUCAACUCGACAUUGUGUUUGAUGAACCCUGACAUGGCGCCUGCGAAGACUGGGCUCUUCGGAUCCAAGUCUCGUUGGGACGAAAUUCAGGUGACUCACGUGGCUCAGGUCCAGUUCAUCCACACGGUAGGAGCAUUCUUUCCGUGGCACCGCUGGUACAUGACAGUCUAUGAGAACCUUCUUCGUAACGAGUGUGGCUACACUGGCCCUCUUCCAUACUGGGACGAGCAGAAAGAUCAAGCCACUCUCCCUCUCAUAGAAGUGGAUAUCCUCAGCCCCAGCGCGAUGACAGGUUUUGGGAAUACCACCGAUGAGAACGGAUGCGUUGUCGAUGGUCCUUUUACCGGCCUCCGUCCAACCCUGCAACCAAACCUCACGCGCACUGCAGAAGAAGGGACCUGCCUGCAGCGUGACUACAAGCAGGCUCAAUUCGAUUUGGUUUCCCAAGACAUUGUGAACUCAUGCUUCCAACUCAAUCAAUAUUCAGACCUACUGAACUGUCUCGGCGGCACACCUCACACGAGUGGCCACUACGCCAUUGGCGGUACUAUGGACAGCGUCUCACUUUCUCCGGCUGAUCCUUUAUUCUUCCUGCACCACACCAACCUCGACCGCCUAUGGUGGGAGUGGCAGUCUCAGAAUUCAUCCCGCCUCACCGACAUGGGAGGGAAGAACGUUGCCACUGCGACUAGUCUCGUAGAUUUGCAACCAUCGGAUAUCUACAACGUUGAUUCCUUCCUGCCGUACUUUGGCGACAACGGCAAUGUCACUACCCUGAACCAUGUUCUGUGGAUGACUGGGCUGGCUGACAAUGUCACGAUCGCCGAAGUCAUGGAUAUCAACAGCGACCUGAUCUGCGCAGAGCUCGGUUUAGAGAAAAGCAAAUGGGAAAGUGCAAUGCGAUGUAUCCUCAAGAAAGAAAUGUCCCUGAUCGCGGAAGCCGGUGGAUCCCUGGAUCCUUGA